AUGACUCAAUUGCUGCCGCGCAUUUUCCCCCGCUCUUUUCUCUUAACCCCUCCACCGCGACUCUUCCAGUCCAGGACUUUCACCUGCUCGACCGCGCUCCAGAAGAAAGCCACCCGGAACCCCAAGAUGGCCACCGUCACGACCAAGACCGGCCAGGCGGUCGACCGCCUGACCCUCGACUCAAUGCUUCGCCGUCGCAUGUUCUACACUCCCUCCUUCGAAAUUUAUGGUGGUGUGUCUGGUCUCUAUGACUAUGGCCCUCCCGGAACUGCUCUCGUCGCCAACAUGACCGACUUGUGGCGCAAGCACUUUGUGCUGGAGGAGGAUAUGCUCGAGGUCGAUUGCACCAUGCUCACCCCGCACGAGAUUUUGAAGACCAGUGGUCACGUCGACAAGUUUGCCGACUGGAUGUGCAAGGAUCCCAAGACCGGCGAGAUCUUCCGUGCUGACCAUCUGGUCGAGGAGGUGUUGGAGAACCGUCUGAAGGGUGACAAGGAGGCGCGCGGCCAGAAGGUCGAGGUCGAUGCAGAGAAGGAGGCCAAGAAGAAGAAGAAGUCCAAGGGCGAGGCCAAGGCUGUCAAGCUGGACGACGCUGUUGUCAAAGAGUACGAGGAGACUCUGGCUCAGAUUGACAACUUCGACGGCCCCGAUCUCGAGCGCAUCAUCAAGAAGUAUGAUAUUCGCAACCCCACUACCGACGGCGAGGUUCAGCCUCCUGUUGCCUUCAACCUCAUGUUCCAAACCUCCAUCGGCCCUAGCAGCAACAUGCCUGGUUACCUGCGGCCCGAGACUGCCCAGGGUCAGUUCCUGAACUUCCAGAAGCUGCUCGAGUACAACCAGCAGUCCAUGCCUUUUGCUUCUGCCUCAAUUGGCAAGUCCUUCCGUAACGAGAUCUCUCCCCGCGCCGGUCUGCUGCGUGUGCGUGAGUUCCUCAUGGCGGAAAUCGAACACUUCGUCGACCCCGAGGGUGGUAAGAAGCACCCCCGCUUCGUCGAGGUCAAGGACACCGAGAUGUCCCUGCUGGACCGUAACGUUCAGCUGUCCGGUAGCACCAAGACCACCAAGAUGACCAUCGGUCAGGCCGUUGAGACCGGUCUGGUUGACAACGAGACCCUGGGUUAUUUCCUGGCCCGUAUCCAGCUCUUCCUGCUGAAGAUCGGUGUCGACUACACCAAGCUGCGUUUCCGUCAGCAUAUGGCCAACGAGAUGGCCCACUACGCCGCUGACUGCUGGGACGCCGAGCUGGAGACCAGCUACGGCUGGAUUGAGUGUGUCGGCUGUGCUGACCGCAGUGCCUACGAUUUGACCGUGCACAAGAACAAGACCGGUGCCCCACUCGUGGUUCGCGAGACUCGCCCGGAGCCUCUGCGUAUUGAGGAGUGGCAGAUCGACCUCGAGAAGAAGAAGUUCGGUCCCCGCUUCAAGAAGGACAGCAAGACCGUCGAGGCAGCCGUUGAGGCUCUGUCCCAAGACCUGCGCGAGAAGCUAUCUCUCGACCUGGAGUCCCAGGGCAAAAUCGAGAUCGAUGUUGAGGGAGUUGGAUCCGGCAAGGUCGAGCUGGACAAGGACCUCAUAAAGAUUGAGAAGCGUACCCGAGUUGAGAACGUUCGCGAGUACACUCCCAAUGUUAUUGAGCCGUCCUUCGGUAUCGGCCGUAUCAUGUACAGCAUGAUCGAGCACGUCUACUGGUCUCGUGCCGGCGACGAAGCCCGCGGAGUCCUCUCCUUCCCUCCCGCCAUCGCUCCUACCAAGGUGCUACUGGUUCCCCUCUCCACCAACCCCUCCUUCAAGCCCCUGACCCAGCGUCUUACCUCCAAGCUGCGUCGUCUGGGCGUAUCCACCCGUGUGGAUGAUUCUUCUGCCAGUAUCGGCAAGCGCUACGCUCGUAACGACGAGCUGGGUACUCCCUUCGGUAUCACCGUCGACUUCCAGUCCGUCAAGGACAACACCGUCACCUUGCGUGACCGUGACACCACCAAGCAGGUCCGUGCCAGCGAGGACGAGAUCCUGCAGGCUAUCAAGUCGCUGACUGAUGGCGACGAGACCUGGGCGGAUAUUGCUAAGCGGCUGCCCGAAUUUACCGGCCAGGAGGACGCAAUCCCCAACAUGGCGCCCACAAUCCACGCCGCGAAAAUCACGCUCUCGUGUCCGCUCUUCGCAGCCGACUUCGAUCCGCGCGACAACACCCGUCUGUUCGUCGGCGGCGGGGGCGGCGAAGGCCGCAGCGGAGUCGGGAAUAAGAUCUCAUUGCUCGACACGUCGCGUCGAGACGAGAUUUCCGAAGUGGUCGAAUUGAACCUAUCGCGCGACGAGGACUCGGUGACGUCGCUGGCCGCCGCGCCGCAGAUCGACGAUGAUGAUCAUUCGCUCGUUGCGCUUGCUGGAAUCAAUAGCUCGAUCGCGGAGCAGAAGAAGGGUAAUAACCAGCACAUGCGUGCGUUUCGAUUCGAGGCGCCGCGGAAGGUCCAGGAGGCUGUGAGUGCGGCGCGCAGCGACGACAAGAAACAGGCCGACAAACAGACUGAGGUGAAGAUUAUUCCUGGAAAAUCAGAAGCUCUCUCGCGCGCUUCAAUUUUCCGAACUAAGGGCCCAGGAUCGGAUGAUACAUAUCAGCGCAUUAUGCGGUUGUCGCCGUGGAAGAGGCAUGUCGAGGACUCGGAUAAAAAGAGCAAGGAUACUCGUGUAGGUGCCAUUGCUACAGGCAUGGCGUCUUCCGGUGAAGUUGUCUUCUUCCGUGCUACUGGUUCGCCCAGUGACUCGGAUGUUAUUGGCCGUAUUCGUCUUGCGUCGAAUGAAGAAGCUGAGGACGUAGACUUUGCCGAUCUGGAAUCCGACUCCAAUACCAAAGAUGCUGCAAGGAAGUACCGCGUGGCAUAUACGAACGGUGUGGACGUGAUGAUUGGCGAGAUCUCCUCUUCCACCCGCUCAAAUGGCAGUCCCGAUGUCCGCAGCAUCUAUACAAUCCCGCUUCCCAGCAGCGGCGCCAGAGCUGCACGACCCAAGAUUCGAUCUCUCCGCUUUGUGGGAAGAAACACAAUCCUCCUCCUUCAGAAUGCCCCAGAUCGCAGCGGCAGUGAACUCGUCCUGAUCAGCGUGCCGGCGGACAAGGAACAAAUGUCCACCGUACUACGCCGCCGCAAACUCCCACGAACUGUAAAGAUAGGCCUCGGUCUAGACGUCUGCCAACUAGGCAAGAACCCAGCCGGCCAACAACAAACCAUCGUCGCAGCCAGCGGCAACGAUAACUCGAUCAACAUCUGGACAAUCGAAAGCGGGCCCCGAAAAGGUUACUCCCGAUUACGUCCCUACACCACCCUCCGCGACGUCCACCCCUUCUCAAUGACCAAGCUGGUCUUCUCAACCUUCACCCCUCCCUCUCACCCCGUCACACCAGACGUCCGUCCGCAACGCGUCAAACUCGCCUCAAUCAGCAUGGGCAAUACCGUCGUCGUCCACACCCUCCCUCUCUCCCCCUUCCCGCCCUCCUCCCGAACCCCCCGCUACGUCCUGGUCCUGCCCGGCCCCGCGGAAUUCUGGGAACUAAUGUACUUCACCACGAUGUGCCUCAUCUCCCUGGUGACCAUCAUGACGGCCCUGUACGCCUACGCGGAGAUCCGAGGCGGGACACCGGAAGUCCUAGGCGCGAAGAAUUGGCUGCCAGUUAGCUGGCGCGAUGCCAUUGCCAACGAGUACAUUCUCCCAGCACCGGAACACCGCUCGUUCCUGGAUCAUUAUUUCGCCGUUGAACCUGCGCCUGAAUCCUCUGUGUCCGAGACGCAAAUGAAUCUGGACACAGAACUACGCAGCCUAAAAGAAAUCCUCGACAAAGUUCACCAAUCCGGCGCCGCACCCGCAGACCUCGAAACAGUGCAACCACAUGAUAUCUCCAUCAUCGUCCGCUGCAGCGAACACAACGACGCUGAGACAAGCGUGCUAAUCGAGACGGCGAUGUCGACGCACGCAGAGAAGGUUGCUGAGAAGGAGAAGCUGGUUGCGUGGAAGGAGAUGAGCGAGUCUGAUCGCGUUGCGUGGAGACAAAAACUUACAGAUGCGGGGCGGUGGACUGUUGAGCAUGGCGAGAAUGUGCUCAAGGGUGUUCUUUUUGGGGAGAUUUGUGGGGGUGUUGGAAGGGUUGUUCGGGAGGAGUUGCCUUAG